AUGCUCGAGCUCGUUGCCCUCGUACCGGUGGAGAUACUUCCAGCUACUAUGGGGGCGUUCAACGUGUUGCAUCUGGUGCGACUCACCAAGUUGUGUCGCCUCUACAAGUUGCGACGUUGCUUCGCUCGGAUCGCAAAGAUUUAUUCUCAUCAUGCGUGGGCUCAGCAGCUCUCGUCUACGGGGGUCGAUACGCUGGUAGGGACGAUUGGGCUGUGUGCGGGAGUAUGCCACUGGGUCGCGUGUGGAUAUAUGCUCAUUGCACAUUUCCAGUGCGGCGUUACUCUUGAGUUCUGUCACCACGAUGCAGAGACGAGCUGGGUCGUCCGAGAUCGACUCUUUGGAGCUUCGGUUGGGCGAAAGUAUGGACGUACCCUGUAUUGGGCAUCGCGAACAUUGGUGUUGCUGGGGUACGACGAUGUGACUCCGGUUUCCACUGCCGAAACACUUUACGUAGUGGCCGUCGUGCUGAUGGGUGCGCUGUUUGGUUCGUCAUUACUCGCUAAUUUCCUGUUUCUAUUUCGAUUUCGCAACGCUCGAUACGCUGCGUAUACAACCCACGUCGACAACGCCCGAGAGUACAUGCGCUCUCGGAAUAUCCCCCGACCUCUGAGACACCAAGUGACGGCGUUCUUCAGCUACUCGUGGAACGCGCACCACAGCUUGGAUGGAGAGGAAGCGCUUCGCCUUAUGCCCAAACAUCUCCAGUCCAAGGUCGUGUCCACCAUCAAGGCCAGUCGAAUCAAACAAGUGUGCUUCCUCGCGAAGGAGAGCGUUGAAUUUGCCAACAUGUUAGCGCUGGCUCUCGUCCGACGGGUGUAUUCUCCUGGCGAUCAAAUCAUUGAGCCAAAGAUCAACGCGGAAACGUUUUUUGUGAUACGAGGCAAAGUGGUGGUGUCGAAUUUCAACGGCUCAAACGCGAAGGAAUUCUCAGCGGGGGAUUUCUUUGCGGAUGCGUGUUUGCUCGAUCCAGAGCAGUACGAGCAGAAGGCUGUGGCCAAAACUUUCUGCGAGCUUUAUGUGCUGGCCAAGAGCAAAUUUGACCAGGCUCUAGCCGAGUUUUAUCGUGGAAACGAGGCCGACGUGCGCUUGCGAAUGACUGAUACGCUCGACAAGUAUCUUUUGCAACUUCAGAAGAUGCAAAAGAUGUUGGGACUGCAAGCCAUUGGCGACGGAGGAAGCCGAAAGAAGCUCAUGAGCUCCCAUAGUCUCAUCACCGACGAGAAGGUGGCAACUGAAUCCGGACGAGGCCUCAAUUGGCGUCUUCCAGGGUCCUACUUCAGUGUCGGAUGGGACACGGCGCGUCUCGCAGCGACCAUUUACGUUGCCUUUGAGGUUCCGUACUUUGCAGUCUUCAUCUCAAUGGGCGACGAAACCGACAUCUUCAUGGUGCAGCAGGACAUCAGUCUGCGGUAUGUGCUGACUGUUUUAAUCGAAGUUCUGUUUGGAAUUGAUCUCAUCCUCCGCGCACGGUAUUUCGCCUAUUUGGAGCCGAGUGUGAUGCUCAAUGUGGUGCAACCGAGUCUAAUUUUCGAUAUGUACAAAGCCAACGGGUUUUAUCUCGACGUACUAGCGUGGCUGCCCAUGGGUCUUGUGCUAGAUUUUCUACCUGCUUGCAGUAUCCAGAGAUAUUCCGCAUUCUUCCGCCUGCUACGCAUGUUACGCAUGCGAUUGAUCCCAAACUUACUGACCAGCCUGGCGGAUUUCUACGGGUUGAGCUCCAAAUUGCGCACUGUUGUCUUUUUGGUGCUUGGGGUUACCUUAACGUUGCAUAUGGUUGGGUGCGCGUGGUUCCUAAUGACGCUAAUUGGACAAGAUAAGGAUUCUCUUCUUGGAGACACGGCGGCGAUGUCUGCAUUGAGCCGCCCCGAGUGUCUCGAGCAAGCCUCGAAGCUCCACAACUGCACGUGGGUCAUUUUUGACUGCUACUCGCACAUUGGUGAGACUUUUCCUAUCGAAAACCCAGACUCAAUGUACCAGGCUUCCUUCGCUUAUCUACGUUCGCUCUACUGGGCAGUUGUAACGCUGACAGCAGUGGGGUAUGGAGACAUUGUCGCUUAUUCAACGGCGGAGAGUUAUUUUGCAGCAUUCUGGAUUUUUGUUGGAGGGAUUAUCAACUUUGGAGUCGUAGGGGCGAUGUCGAGUACCAUUUCGACUGCGAUGGCCCCCCAUCACCACUACAUGGAGAAGAUCAAUACGCUUAACCACGUCUUGGAGCGGAUAGAGAUCUCGGAACACUUGAGUGGAGAGAUCCGACGCUUCUACCACCAACAAUUCACUGGAAGAAAGCAACGCUACGAAUCUCAGUUGCUGUCCCAUUUACCCGAUCAACUGUGUUACAAGAUCUCGUCUCUCUUGCACUCGGAAGCUGUGAAAUGUAUCCCACUCUUUAACUCGGCGAGCUCGGGAUUUCUCAAGGAAGUGACAGGGCAAUUCCGUCACCGGAGCUACCAGAAUGGCGAGACGAUUUGUCUGGAGGGGGAUGUGUGUCGGGAUUUCUUCGUAUUUUUGCACAACAGCAAGGUCAAUUUGUUUUUUCGACUUCGCAAAGCUCCGGUACGUGCGCUAUGUAACGGGGACAGCUAUGGAGUGAACGAGCUCUUGUUAAGACGGCCGUAUCCUGCCACUCUUCGUGCUGCGUCGCACGUCCAGGCUUCGGUCAUGACGCGAGACCAAUUCGACCUUAUCCAACGUAAAUUCUCUCGAGAUGUUACGGAUAUGAAGCCUGAAGCCGAAAUGUUACGAGCUCAGGAACAGAAUCGACUUGAGCGUAUCGUCGCCAAUCUGGAGAAGCUCAAACUGCAGCCUCAUUCCAUGCACACCCCAACGCUCUUCUAUCAACGCGAUGCCGUUCUAGCUCCAAAAGGAUCUCGACAUCUCAUUCGUGACGUCCAUUCGUUGAGGGAAUCUUUCACUGCAGCGUGGAAUGCGCUCGUCACGUGCUGGAACGUCUACAACGCGUUCUUCGUCGUAUUCCGCGUUUGUUUCCACCCGCAUCUCCACUUUUCAACUGGGGCGAAUACUCUGGUUUGGGUCGCUGACAUCAGCUGUGAUGUUUGCUUUGCGCUCGACAUUUAUCUUCGGUUGUAUUACUUGGGGUGCCCUGAAGUCGGGGUGGAGAAUCUGCUCGAACGGAAGGAGAUUGACAAGCAGUAUCGUCGCAGUUCGACGCUGAAGUGGGACAUUCUGGCGUCUUUGCCAGUGUACACGCCAUUUGCAAGCGGCUCAUGGGCUGCCAACCUGUGCAGAGUGCCUCGCCUUGUGCGUUGCGUGGAUCUAUGGACGUACCUGGACGAUGCAAUUCUCCUCAUCCAGCAGCACUUUGCGUCUCACAAUGUAUCGGCGUAUCUGAGUCCUGUCAAGUUGCUGGUCAUCUUGGUGCUCGUGGCUCACUAUGUGGGCUGCAUUUUCUUUUGGAUCUCAGAGCGUGAAUGCCAACACGUUGAUAAAUGCUGGGUGGACAACGAUCAUCUCCUCCAUCAGUAUCACCACUCACUGGAAAUGCUGUACGCAAAGUCUUUUUACUGGGCUACGACGACACUGCUGCUGGUGGGAUCUCGCGAGAGUACCCCUCGAGACAUGGCUGGUACACUGUGGACAGGCUUCACGUGCUUGUGCUCUGAUCCUGAACUCGGGAAAGAAACCAAACAUUACAAAAGCCACGUCGCGAGCUUCGAGAGUUUCGCGACGACUAACGAGCUGCCUCAGGCAUUACGCGAGCGUGUCACGUAUUUCUUCCGCGUGCAGUUCGAGCACACAAAAGGGAGCGACUUAUUCUCUACAGUGCACGAUCUGUCAGCCAACCUUCGUCUUAAGUUGAUGCUCGAAAUCUACGGCAGUUCCAUCGCGAAUCUCCCGAUUUGUCGAUAUCUCACAUCGUCACAAGUGAAUAAUCUCGCAUUGCGAUUAAAACCAGAGUUAUUCAUCCCAGGGGAUGACAUUUUAGUGGAAGGAACGUAUGGGAGUCGCCUGUGCACGCUGCGUAAAGGGAUGGCCGCUGCCUUCUGGACCAGAUCAGUUGCCGCAGUGGCGAUUCUAAUGGAAGGCGCAUUCUUUGGCGAGAUCGCUUUCUUCCUCCCAAGCCAGAGGCGACUUGCGACUGUGAAAGCUACAACGUUCUGUGAAGUGCUGUCUGUGUCUAAGCACGACUGGAAAGAACUGUGGGCGAGUGGCGGCAAUGCGGCCGACGAUCGCGUCCAGAAGCACGCUCUCCACGCCAUUCUUGGCUGGGUCGGUAGUCGGCUGCAACGGUAUCAAAAGGCCACGCUUCGAUCUGCCACUCGAGCAAAACACUUACUUUCUUCCACUCCCGAAGCGGAAAAGGCAACAGCCCAAGACGAAAGCGGAGCAUUUGUUGACGAAAAGCGACAAAUGUGCUGA